AUGUAUACGACAAAGACGCACCGUGGCUAUAGCCGCGUGCCGUCCGCCUGCGGCCAGCGGCAGAAUAGCUGUCCGGGGAAACCUAAGCCGCAGCGCUUCCCGCGGAUUUCACAACCGGUAGAGCUGAUCCAAGACUCGUACGACUGCGUCGUCAUCGGGUCCGGGUAUGGCGGUGGCAUCGCAGCCUCGCGGAUGGCCCGUACGGGACAAUCCGUCUGCGUUCUGGAAAGAGGACAAGAGAGAUGGCCCGGCGAGUAUCCCGUGUGUCUCAAACAAGUAUUUGACGAAUUCCACACGACGGGGAGUUCCAUCGUCCGGCCUUUUGGGCGCGGAAAGCCGACUGGCAUGUACCACAUCGUGGCGGGACAAGGCCAGAGCGCCUUGAUGUGUAACGGUCUAGGGGGCACCAGUCUGAUUAAUGCCAAUGUGUUUCUCGAGGCCGACGACGCCACGCUGUCCAUGGACACGUGGCCGCCGGAAAUCCGAGAGAACCCAGGCUGCUUGAAAGAAUACUACCAGAGAGUCAGGGACGUGCUGGAGCCGACGCCGUACCCCGACGACUGGCCCAAGAUCCAGAAGAUGCACGUCUUUGAGCGGCAGGCGCAGCGGAUGGGCUUGGGCAGCAGAUACUACAAAGUUCCACAGACGACACGGUUUCGGCCGGGAAUAAAUAGCUGCGGGGUGGACAUGCUGCCGUCGACCCUGACUGGGCAAGAUACAACAGGGGUCAACGAUCAUUCCAAGACGACGACCCUGGUGACGUAUCUGGCCGAUGCGUGGAACUGGGGCGCCCAGAUGUUUUGCGAGUGCCAAGUCCGGUAUGUCGAAAAGGUCACCGACGCCCGGGGCGGCUACAUUGUCUACUUUUCCUGGCACGGCUGCAAGCGCGGCAACUUUGACGACGGGCUCGACCAGGACUUGCUGUGGGUGCAUGCGAGAAAAGCCGUCUUCCUGGGGGCGGGAAGUCUGGGAACCACCGAGAUUCUCCUGAGGAGCAAGGAGAUGGGCCUGUCGGUGAGCGACUGUCUUGGCCAAGGGAUGAGCGGCAACGGGGACAUGCUGACGUUUGGGUACAACACGAAUCGUCAUGUCAAUGCCAUUGGCCGGCAGCGUCCGAGCCACAACAGUCCGGUAGGACCGACAAUCAACGCCGCCAUUGAUAUGCGCGGACAGACGGGCAACCCGUUGGACGGGUUUGUCAUACAGGAAGGGGCUGUGCCGCAGGCGCUUUCUCGGCUCAUGCAGACCAUUGUCGAUGUGCAACCCUCUGGCGGCAGGCCGGAAAAGAAGAUGGUGCAGCGGGCUAGAAAGGCACUUGCGAGAUGGAAAAGCCGGUUGCUCGGUCCGUACGUCCGUGGCGGCGCUAUACAAAACACGCAAAUAUUCUUAAUCAUGUCUCACGACGGCAGCCAAGCGUCCCUACGCCUCGAAGACGACAAGCCGGUGCUCGAGUUUGUCGGGGUCGGCCACAGUGAUCGAGUCAAGCGGCUUCAUGCCCUGCUGGCAAAGGCAACAGAGUCGGUUGGCGGGAGAGUCAUCGACAAUCCCUUCCACGGUGUAUUUGGCGACCAACAUCAGAUAACAGCUCAUCCUCUCGGCGGAGCUCCCAUGUCAAGAGACAAUACUGGCGCUCGCGGCGUGACAAACCACGCUGGGGAGGUAUUCGCCGGAAGUGCCACGUCUGAAACUCAUCCCGGGCUCAUCGUCGUGGACGGCGCGCUUGUUCCCGGAGCACUUUGUGUGAACCCGGCGGCAACCAUUGCGGCCCUGGCCGAGCGAGCCGUGGAGUAUUAUACGCGGGCGCAUGGCCUGGUCGUCAGCAGAGAAUCAAACGGCGUGCUUGACCUGUACGGAACACCGGCCCAUCGCCCACGGCCAGGUCCAUCGUAUGAGUCUGGUCCCAAAAAAUCCGACUCCGUGUCGAGCGCAACGCAGACGGAGCGCACGCAAUGCGCGGUCCGGCGCGUUGACCCGGUGCGCUACGGUGCCCCUGAUACUGUCGCGUUUACAGAGCUCAUGAGUGGCUUUGUGCACAGCGGUCACAAUUUGCGACUGCACGACAGGGACGGCCACAAAUUGUCGUUUCAAGCGGCGAGGAGCCGGGGCGAGACGGCGCGGCUGCUCACAAGCAAUGUCAUGUAUGUGGUGCAGUCGCCCGGAUGCCGCAACACGAGCCGGUUGUACAGAGGGAUGGUCAAAGGGACCUUUGUGUGCCCUACGAUCAAGGGUUCGCCAUUCAUGAUAUCGCAAGGCGAAGUGGAACUCCUUGGACAAGAUAAUGAAUUGUCGGGGACGACCACGGUGACGUACCAAUUUGAAAUGAUGGGCAUUGACGGGCGACGGCUUGGUUUCCACGGAUACAAGAAGAUCGACUCGUCUGCAUCCAUGGACAUACGGGAGAUGUGGAAGUCGACAACUACGCUAUACGUUACCAUUACCGAGGCUGAACAAGAUGGCCUCGCGUCAGGGGGGACUUGCAGACCAGGCGGCACGUUUUCAGAUUUGCAUAAUCCCGGCCGGUGUCAACCUACAAUGGGGCCGGAUCAAGGGCCCAAAGUGAUUGCCGCGGGCAUUUUGAAGAUUCGAUUGGGCGACUUUCGAAAGCAACUCCUGACACUGACACCAACAGGCAAGAAUCUGCUGCAAAGGGCAGUAACCCUUGGCAGUUUUGUAAACUAUUUCUCGGGCAAACUACUGCCUCAUUUCUUCCUGCCCCUUGCUCCGCUGCGGUAUGCCACAACACGGCACCCCGAUUUCAUCAACCCGACCACGCCGACGCAAACGUACACGGUUACCGCGAGCGACGGGGUACAAACAAAACUACACAUGUGGGAGCCCGACCCGGACUUUAUCCCCGGCGACGAAUCCGGACGUCCGGUGCCGGUCCAAAAUCUCUUCAUGAUCUCCGGAGCCGCCGUCGACCACCAGAUCUACGCGCUGCCGACGAUCCCCCUCAACGCCGUCAACUACUUCACCCGAGCCGGCUACCGCGUCUUCGUCACGGUGCACCGAAUCGGCAUCGUAGACAAGCCCGAGGAUAAGAAAUGGACCACGUACGACGCCCGUCUCGACAUCAAGGCAUGCCUAGCGCACAUUCGCUCGUCCCACAACACCGACAAGGUCUACACGAUUGCGCACUGCAUGGGCUCCGUCGCCUUCGCAUGCGGCCUGCUAGACGGCACCAUCCCCCCGUCGUGGAUUCUCGGCAUCACAUGCAGCCAGGUCUUCAUGAACCCGGUCUGGAGCAGGUCCAACCGGCUCAAGGCCUCGGCCAAGCUGGACAGGGCGUACACGCGCCUUGCCGGCCACUGGUUCAGCUGCCGCGCGUCGACGAAACAAGGGGCCCUGCAGGGCGCGGUGAACCAGCUCCUGCGGCUUGUGCCCGAGAAAAGGGGCGAGCGGUGCACCAGCGCGUCGUGCCACCGCAUAAGUCUGCUGUUUGGCCGGUGCUGGAGCCACGGCAACUUGAACGAGGCGACGCACCGGCACGUGGACCGCUUCUUCAACGGCGCGAAUAUGACGCUGAUGCCGUUGCUGAUGCGUAUGGGCCUCCGGGGGGCCGUGUCGACCAACGGCCCGGUGUAUGAGGAUCUCACGGGCGCGAAGAAUGUACAGCGGCUGAGGGGCAUUCCGAUGUUUUUGUUUUCGGGGGGCGACAGCGAUGUGCUCUCGCCCAUGGCGACGCAGAAGACGUACGAGCGGCUGUGUGGCACGUUUGGCAUUUCGGCGGGCAGGGCGGGCGGGGGGAUACAGUACCGCAGGAGGGUGAUUCCGGGAUAUGGACAUUUGGAUGGCUGGAUGGGACGGAACGCGUGGAGGGACGUGUAUCCCAUGGUGCGCGAGGAGGUGGAUCGCGUGGUUAGGGGGGAGGAGUAUGUGUUCCGGGGGGCUGCGAAUCCUUUUAGUGAUGCGUAUGGCGUUUUGUGA